AUGGUUUCAAUAAAAGAAUUCAACGAUGAUCUUUCUGAUAUCACUGAUGAAGAUGAUAAUAAUGAAGAUUAUUUAUUCGAUACAAAUAAAAUUAUUAAUCAUAAAUUUAAUCAAUCUAUAUCAAUAUCAUCAUCAUCAUCUGAUAAACAAAGUGUUAAUAAACAAGAAUAUAUUAAUGAUCUUUUAGCAUUAAGUUCAUUAAUGUCACAUCAUAUAAAUUCUGAUGAUUUUAUAUCAUCUGAAAGUCGUCUUAUUCAUUCAAAAUUUCAACGUUUAUUUCAUUUUCUUUUGACUGAUAUUUAUAAUGAACCAAUAACACAAGCAUUAGGUGAUCAUAUUUCAAAUUUAACUGAAGUUGAUGAUGCUCUAAUAAAUUUAAAUAGAAAUGCAACAUUAAAAUUUCGAAAUUAUAAACAAUUUCGUGAACAACGACUUGCAUCUUCUAAUGAACGACGAGAUACAUCUUUUACGUCACAACAUAUAUAUAAUCGAUGGACAAACAUUAGACAAACGAUUUCUAAUUCAAAUAUAGAACGUGAUCCAUUGUUUCGAUCAAAAAGUUCAUUAAGAUAUUUUAUUUCUUGGCUUCUUCAUAGUUCAUUUUUCAAAUGGUUUAUUAGUAUAAUCAUUUGUUUAGAUGUUAUUAGUGUUGCUAUUACAUCAGAAUAUAGUUCACCAAAUGAUUCAAAAUCUCUAAUUUAUAAUAUAGCUGUAUUUAUAAAUCGAAGUAUUCUAUUUAUAUAUUUGUUUGAAAUAAUAUUUAAAUGGAUUGAAAAUUUUACAAGUUUUUGGUAUUCACCUGCAAAUAUUCUAGAAUUUAUUCUUACUAUUAUAUCAUUAAGUAAUUUAAUUAGUGAAAUUUAUAUCGAUACAAAAAAUAAUACAAGUUUAGAAAUAAAUAAAAAAUUUCAUAAUAAUAAUCAAAAAACAACUGAUACAUUACAACGUAUUAGAUCAUAUGGAUCAAUAUUAUCUUUAUUACGAACAUUACGUAUGUUACGUAUUUUACGUAUAUUAGAAAUAGCAUUUCGUUUUACACAAGUACGAAUUGUUUUUCUUGCACUUAGUCGUUCUGUUAAACUUAUUUUCCAUGUUGUUCUUUUAACUAUUGUACUUAAUUAUUUUUUUGCACUUAU